AUGCCCUUCGAGAAGCUCACAACCGCGCCCGUCGCCUCCGACUUCACGCCGCUGGAGGAGCACCAGUCCCAAACACCCGGCACCUUCUUUGGCGCGAAGCCCGUCCUGCAUCUACACAGCGCAGAUACCCAGCUAGUUGUCUCGCAGGCCGACCUUGAAGGCCAAUCCCUCUUCCCUGACCUGCGCGCCACACCCUCCGCUAGCACCAAUGGCACCAACGGCGAGUCGGCCGAUACCCAGCUCGUCAUCCCCGGACUCGAUGUUUGGGUGACCUCGCAAAACCUUCUCAUUUUCUCCUCCGCCACGUCCACCGGCGUCUCACUCUCCUACCCGGACAUCACCCUGCACGCGAUCCAACGCCUCACUCUCCCCGGCGGCGCGGACAGCAGCAGCGCAGAAACCCAGGGCCUCUACAUGCAACUCGCCCUCAACGCCUCCGACUUCACUCCGGACGAAGACCUGCAAACGCUCGAGAUCACGCUCGUCCCUUCAUCCUCCACCACCAUUGCCGACCUCUUCGCCGCCGUGUCCGCCUGCGCCGACCUCAACCCCGAUCCCGCUGAUUCCGAUUCCGAGGCAGGAGGAGAUGGCGAUGACAUUCAAGCCGGUCUGCCCGGCGCCGGCGGUUGGAUCACGAGCGACAACAUUGACCAGCACGUCGACGCUGAGGGCAACUUCAUUGGCUUCGGCGGUGGCGCGCUGGGCGGCGGCGCUGGCACGGUCCACGCGCGCGACGAGGACGACGGCAACUUUGAGAACGCUGAUGAGCAAGGUGGACAGGAUGGAGAGGGUGGUGGUGCUGCUGCUAGCAGUGGAGAAGAGGCUAAAUGGAGGAGGACAGAGUAG